AUGGAGUGCUUCCGGCAAAUUGGUCGACUGGUCAAGGCCCCAUUCCAGCGUGACUCGCAUCACAAGGCAUUGGAAAUUGGGCCCCCAACAAACUUCCGAAAGGAGGAAAUGCCGACGUUCUUCCCAGAUGACGAGUCAGUACAUGUUAGCACCAAACCUCGGGAGACUGUUUCUGACAAUACCGUUCACAGUGCUCAAACGUUACAUAGCCACAGCUCUUCCCUCGAGAAGGAUGCAAUGAUCAAGACCUUGGAGCGUGAACCCUCAACGCGCCAACGGAUCAAGAACAAUGUCCGAAGACUGAGUGUCAGAGUAGCCCGGCCAGUUUCAGAACACGAAGACUGA